AUGGCUUCCAAGAGUACCUUAUCCUAUGCUCAGCGUGCUGCGAGACACUCCAAUCCUUUGGUCAAAAAGUUAUUCGAAAUAGCCGAGAGGAAGAAGACCAAUGUCGUCCUCUCCGCGGACUUGGCCAGCACAAAAGAACUUCUGGCUAUCGCUGACAGCCUAGGACCCCAUAUUGCAGUCCUCAAAACGCACAUCGAUAUUCUCUCUGAUUUCGGUCCGGCUACCAUCAGAGGUUUGACUGAACUUGCCCAACGGCAUGACUUCCUUCUCUUCGAGGACAGAAAGUUCGUCGACAUCGGCAACACAGUCCAGAAGCAGUACAAAGGGGGAGCUCUGAUGAUCCAUGAAUGGGCGCACAUUGUCAAUGCUACCAUUCUCCCUGGUGAAGGUAUUAUCCAGGCCCUUGAUCAGACUAUCCGUGAAGGGGGAAUCACGGAACGAGGCGUUCUGAUUCUGGCCGAGAUGACCUCAAAGGGCUCACUAGCAGUUGGUGAAUAUACUCGGGUAUCGGUCGAGAUUGCAAGAAAGUACCCCCAGAGUGUCCUGGGCUUCGUGUCAACAAAGGAGCUGUCCAGCCAUUCUCCCAACGCCACACGGGAUGAGGACUUUGUAGUAUUCACCACCGGUGUCAAUCUUUCCAGCAAAGGAGAUGCUCUGGGCCAACAGUACCAAACGCCCACAACUGCGAUGGCAGGGGGCUCUGACUUUCUCAUUGCCGGGCGAGGCAUAUACGGUGCCAAAGAUCCCUUGAUUGCAGUUAAGGAAUACCAACAGGCGGGUUGGGAAGCAUACGAGCAACGAGCGAGCCCGUCACUCAGUAAAUGA